GAGAGGCGCGCCGUCGACGAGGUACGCCCUACGCGUCGCGACGCCUGGCGUCGUGCGCGUCAGUAGACGGCGAGCCGUGCUGCACGACGGACGUCGGGCGCAACGUCGAGUCCUAUCACUUUCACGGCCUAAAACGAACUCGUCGACGAUUCCGCUCGCUCUGCUUAUGGUUUCCUCCUGGAUGAGGCGGGACGCGCGCGCGUCAGUACCGUCGUGUGUUAGAGCGUCCAUCUCGACGAUGUCGUCUUGAAGGAAGAAGAUAGCGAGAGAGAAACAGAGAGAGAGAGAGAGAGAGAGAGAAAAAGAAAGAAAAAGCGGGUUAACUUGUCGCGAGGACACAGGUCCUCGAGAGAGAGAGAGAGAGAGAGAGAGACCAGUAUUGGUGCGAGAUCUCGGUGAGAGCUGAGUUUCCGAUGAUUUUUUGAAACACGCGAGGAAGGAAAUCUCACGGCGCGAUCGCGCCGCGUUCUUGCUGGCUCAUCGACUAAAUACGCGAGCGGACGAGCGGCGUCCAUCCGGCGAGAGAAUCCACCCCGACAAUACACCGGUAUCUUCGCAGUAACGUAAACGGAGCAGAAGCGUCCCUGAUCGAUGGCGUAUCGAUGAUGAUUAUCGGAGCUUGACGGAUUGGCGGUGCGCGCGAUUCCCGAUGUAGGCCUCCGGGCUCAGCCGACUUAUCAAAGUGAGAGCACUUCGCCAAGGAGAACGCGUCGGCCGAUCGUAACCAUUAAUCCAAGCUGAGACCUUGACACGUGCCCUUUCAUACUCAAGACAUCGUAUCUAGGAUAUAUUCCUAUUUCCUGCCACGUGGAAAUCACCGACAUUCCCCGCUGUUCUCUCUCGUGAACCUACGAAUUCCUUCGUGCGCGGAGGAACACGGAACGACCGAAACGAACCAUUGUGAAACCAUGUUUCGUAACGGCAACGAAGGGCGACUUUGAUGAAAAUGCGGUAUCGCGCCGCGUGAGCGAGACAGGAACGGAAAAAGCUGCACACGGUGCGCGUGUAUGUGUGGGUGGGUGCAUGUGUACAUAAACCAAUAGCUGUGUGCGUGAUCGUGUAUUGCCUGCUGGGCCUCUGUGGCCGCGGUGAAACGAGAAAGGACGAAGAGAUGGCGGCAAACAGCGGCCGUGUUGCAGCGGAAGUCACCGCAGCCCGGUCCGAGGAUGAAGAGCAACAAAAGGAGCUGUAUCCUGACACGGUGGAAUGCAAAAACUUUACGGUGGAGGACUGCGACGCGAAAGAUGAGAAAAUGGCGAGCGAAGGGCGGGAGGAAGGGAACCAUUGUAGAACGGAGGGCAGGUCGGACCGAGGAGCGCAGAGGGUACAAACACAGACGCAGCUGCAGACCGACAUGCAAGCCGACAGAAAAAUCGAUACGAGUCCGGACCAUAUAUCGGAUUCUGUAUUCAGCAGCCAGAGGGUAUACAAGAAGUCCUCGCCGAACAAUAAGUUGACACUGUACCUAGCAAGCAGAGAUCUUAUUGUCAGCGAAUCCAAGAUCGACAAACUCCAAGGUGUCCUUUUGGUCGAUCCCGACUACUUGCAGGAAAAAAAGGUGUACGGUCAAGUGACGCUGACUUUCCGCUACGGCAGAGAAGACGAGGAAGUAAUGGGCUUGAAGUUUUGCAACGAAGCGGUCAUGUGUCUGGCCCAACUGUAUCCACCUUACUCGGGCGCUGAUUAUCAGGAAAACAUAACUCCGCUGCAGGAGGCACUCGUCAAGAGACUAGGGCCAAACGCCCACGCUUUCACCAUGGAAAUUACGCCGCUGGCUCCACCGUCUGUGCAACUGGUACCAGCUAAGGAGUACAACGGUGCGCCUAUAGGCACUAGUUACGACGUCAGAGCUUACGUCGCGGAACGGGCGGACGAAAGAUUGCACCGUAAAACCACCGUCAGAAUGGGUAUUCGAGUAAUCCAGCGAACCACGAAACCGCCUUUACCCUCCACGACUAUGUACAGCGUGCCUCCCUUUCAAGUGCUAUCGAUUCCCUCGAGAAUCCAAGCAUGCAAAACAAGAGUGGAAUCCACCGAAAAUGAGAUCAUCGAGGAUGACGAGAACGUGGGACCACAUGCAGCCGUGGAGAAACCAUUUUUACUAAGCGAUGGUCGCGUCGGGUUGGAAGCGAAACUAGAUCGUGCAAUCUACGCUCACGGGGACUCAAUCACUGUCCAUCUCUACGUCAGCAAUAACAGCAGCAAGUCCGUAAGGAGGAUAAAGGUAUUUGUCGUGCAGCACGUGGAUGUUUGUAUGUUCAGCAACGGUAAAUUCAAAAACGUCGUGGCCCUCGUGUCCUCACAAGAAGGCUGUCCCGUGGGAUCGGGUGGUACUUUAAUAAAGAGCUACACUCUCAGGCCUAUUAAGGGUUCGACCAAGAAUUGGAUCGCCUUGGAGGACAGCUAUACGAAAACUGGUGCAACCUUGGCAUCAACGGUCGUCUGUCCCGGGAACGGACCCGACGAUAGAAACGUCUUUGCAAUUUACGUUUCUUAUUACGUGAAGAUCAAACUGUUGAUCUCUGCAAUGGGCGGUGAAGUGUCUUUGAAGCUGCCGUUUACAUUGAUGCACAGUAAUACGGAUCCAGAUCUCGUGGGAUUCCCAUCUCCCAUUCGAGAACUGCCGAAGCAACUUGGCAAAGGCGCGGAUGAGAUCACGGAGAAAUCGAGCAAGUCGGACGGCAAUAGCCACAGGAAGAAGGAGAACAAACUGGAAGCCAUUAAAGAGCAGGAGAAAGAAUCGAGGGUGACCGAUGUAGACUUGAUAGAGCAUUGCGACGAAAGCGACAGCACCUGAGAGCGGGCGCAACGAGGCGACGAGACAUCGCGGCCGUCUGUCAGAAAGAAUAGCGAUACGAAGACCAUCAAGAAUUCGAAUCACAAAGCUUGCAGACUCAGUGUCAGCAUCCAGAGAGCCUGGUGCUGUUUCAGAAGAGCCUCUUAGUAAACGAAUAGAAACCUCCUUCACAGAGCACCAGAGUGUGACGGUCCUUAGUAGCAUUUGCUACCGCCGUCUCGUCUCGUCGUAAUUCCUUCUAUCUUUUCACAGAGAAAUAUAUAGAUAUGGAUAUGCGAAGGUCGCAUAACAUACGUAUGUAAGGAAUAAGAAAACAAACAGUGUGCGUAACGCAAUCUGUCAAUUUUCACUAGAACUGAUAGUUUUUCGUUGUAAAUAUAUAUAGAUCACGCAUGUUUCGAGAAAACAGGAAGACAAAUUCCCGAAAAUCAAUGAAUCGUGUGAAUCUCUCUCAGAAAACGAACGAACGACCGGAGAAAACUUUACGGAAACGAGACUAUAUACGGCUACAUAAUUGAGCAAUAGUAUUUCGUGAAGUAUUUCAUGAAGCGACGAAACGUUAUGUUACGUUACGCGUUCGUCUCUCGUGAGUUGUCGUACAAAUCACAACGGGAUUUGAAUGCUCUCGAUAAAAAAGGAACAUUUCAAUGAGUGUCAUCGUUAUAAUUAAGUGUGUGACGUUACAAGCUGUUUGACGUAUCAUGUGGAAGUCGUAUUCAGCAUGAGAGAAAGCAAAUUCAAUCGAAAAAUGAUUUAUCGCAGAUCUCCCGUUUGAAACUUUUACUACGCGAAAAGAGAAAUAAUCUCUCGAGAAGCAUAUAUUCCUGUAUAUUAUUUACACUGCUGGAUAAUGCUGUGGUGAUAUAUGUAAUAUAUUCUUAUAGCCUAAGAAAAUUAUGGCUGAUUGUCUAAAAGCUUUAUCAAUGUAAAUCGCAUGGAGCUUCCUUUGCGUUUAUAAAAUAUCUCCCUCAUCAUCUAAUAUAUGAAAAAUCUCCUACUGCCACCGUAGUCAUUUACCUUACUUGGUUACAUAGUAACCAAAUUCAGCGUUUGCAUUAAUUUCGGGAACACAUAAGAAAUGAGCGGAACGAGUAUUCAUUCUUAUCUUAUCUAUAAAACUACAAAUUUACCAGAAACGUCUAUACACAAAAAUAACACAUACCGAAUUAAAAAUAUCA